UAGCCUGACAAGCCCUGACUCGCUCUCGUCCGUUUGUCUGAAGGCACAGAUUCUCGUUGGAAUCAAACUCAACACCUUGACAGCGUUGGGGUACGUCUUGGUCCAUAGCAUGGCGAGUAUAACGGAAGGUUUGACACCGUCGCAAGCGGAUGGAGAUGGGCCAGACAGGUCGAGCACUCGUUCAAUGCUUGCUGGCACUCAAGUAUACUUUUGCUUCGUGUGCGACAUUUGUUUGCAUCAGAAAAAGUCGCGCUUCAUAGUUCUUGAUCACUUUCUGGCUGAGCCUGGCAGAGCAGUGACCGAUAUUCUUUGCUGAACGAGAACCGGAAAACCGACAAGAGCCUGAUCUGUCGUUCAAAAUGUCUUUCUCGGUCGUUGCUGCAGGUGAUGUGGUGCUCUCCGGACCACUUCAUCAGCCCACAAACGAGGUGUACAACCAUCUGCAUAGCGCCGACUCGUCAUUUGUAAAUCUCGAAAUGCCUUUCACGAUAAGCAGCUCGCCUAGCGAGAAGUUGAUCCCUCUGAAGUGCGAGCCAGCCCAUGCCCGUAUCCUUCAAGACCUUGGUGUUGAUGUUGUAACAUUGGCAAAUAACCAUGGAAUGGACUAUGGGGUUGAAGGUCUUCGAGAGACUUUACAAACCCUCAAAGAUGUCGGCAUAGCGCAUGUUGGAGGAGGAGAGGAUAUAGCAGAGAGCUUCUCACCUGUCAUCAGAGGUUUCAAUGGCAUAAAGGUCGCCUAUAUCGGCGUGACGACGACACUCCCAAAUGGUAGCGGUGCUGGUCCUGCGAGACCUGGACUGGCGGGAGUUCGUGUCUUCACCAAAUAUGUGAUCGAUUCUGUGACCCUUGAUGAAUCUCCUGGCAUGGCGCCUUUUGUUGAGACUGUAACAUACAAGCCGGACGAAGAAGUACUUCUGCAGACCAUCAGCGACGCCAAGGCUCAAGCAGAUAUAGUGUUAGUGGCCAUUCACUGGGGGGUACCUUACGGUUGGGUGGCCGCUACCCAGGACGAGAUCGCUACGUAUCAGCAACCACUGGCUCAUGCCAUGAUUGAUGCUGGAGCGUCUGCGAUAUUUGGCCACCAUCCACAUGUUGUACAAGGCGUGGAAUUGUACAAGGGCGCUCCUGUGUUCUAUAGCUUGGGAAACCUCAUCUUCAGCAACAGCAUCGUCACACCCGAUUCUGGCUCGCGUACCUAUCCGCCCUAUAGCUGGAGCAGUCUGCAGACUGGCUUCUCCAAUAUCGGUGCACUGGCCAAGUUGUCUUGGAGUGAGGGAAGACUGUCCACUUGUGUACUCACUCCGAUCACGAUCACGGGAAAUGGGGAGCCUGCAGAAGCAACCAUGGAAGACGCUGAAGUUCUUCUUUUGCGGCUGAGAGCGCUUUCACAAGGUCGUGGAACUUCCCUCGAGCUGCGGCAGGCGAAGCACGGGUAUGCAGUGCAUAUCACCCAAGCAUAACGCUUCGGAAGGCCAGCAGCAAAGG